AUUUAAACACAGUUUUUCGACAGAAUAUCAGCUGAUAACCUAAUGAGUAAUAAAUAUAAGAGUGUAACAAGGAUCGUGUUCUUGAUACCUAAAGAGAAUAACCAAGUACUUAAAAAAAGAAACGUUAAUAAGUAUAUGAAUUUAGGGAAGCGACAAUACCAAUGAUUCGCCGUGGAACAAGUGACGGUCAACUUAAAUAUUUAUUGUUUAAGAUAACCUCUUUUCAGUACUGUACCAUUUAACAUUUCCGCUUGCAUUCGGAAUGUUAACACUUUUAAGUCAAGCUCGAUUCUGGACUCUAAAAGAUGAAAUAAUAAUAAAAACUACAGACUUCAGCUCUUUCAGAUAUCAUGAAAAAAAGGAUGUGACAGAUUCUCCAUAUAAUGAAAGUAAACGGUCGUAUGCUGAGAAAAGAGGCAUGACAUGGUUACUACAAAAUAAGAGGCCUACAAAACUCAAAGACUGUGUACGUGAUCUUGAGGAACUACUUGCUCAUCAUAAAGUGGUACUUUUAAAAUGGAGGGAUAAUUGUACAUUACAAAUAAUGCUGAGUUCGGGGAUGCUCAUCAAUAUCUGCAUUAAUAUUUUUACUGGAGAUAUACUCAAAAUAGUAUUUGACAAAUACCUGAUUGGGAAACUAUUGUCUGAAUAUAUAUCAGAUGUUAUAUUUACGAAAACACAUCUGAUGUGUUCAUAUAAUGAUAAUCAAAUUACUCUGAUCUACUUUACCAAACCUGUAAUAAAAUAUAUGCCAGAGAAACUGAGUCGGCUGGAGCCAAAGUUACAAGUUCUGGAACUGGCUGGCCCAUCAGGCCGUCGAUUAGAAAGAAAAUUAUCCUGCAAUGUCCCUGGAGAUAUGGUUUUAAUUUGGUGGCGCUGUACAAGAGAUGAAGUCUAUCCUUGGAGUCCACUGGUUAAAGAUCAAGAUAGAGCAAAUGUGCAUGUUUAUGGAAUAAAUGGUACAAAGGCAGAACUCUUGUGCUUCUACAGAACAGAAUUUGAUCCAGUUUGUGUGUCUUUCAGCCAAGUGCAAUCAAAUGUAAUCCAUUCAGUUGAACAGAAAGUAUCAAGAAAGGGGGAGGUGACUGUGGAAAGUUGUACUUAUGAGGUCAACAAGUCAAGGUUACAGCGUACAUCUGUGACAUCAAUACCUCUCCAAACACAAGUUUGUUGUCAUGGUUUCAGUCCUGAUGAACAAAAGUUGCUACUCGGUUGCAUCGAUGGUUCCCUGGUUCUGUUUGAUGAAGGAAGAGGAAUCACGCAUUUGGUCAAAGCAGCUUUUAUUUCCACGAUGGUCUCCUGGCAUCCUGAUGGAACAAUUGUAGUUGUGGCAAAUGAAAGAAGCCAAUUCCAAUGUUAUGAUAUUGCUCUGGCUUGUAUUAAGAAUCAGUUAAUAAGUGAAGAUGUGACACCAUCCAAUCUGCUGGAUUUAGCGUCUUAUUUUAAAAAUCAACCGACACUUGUCCAAAUGGAAUGGAGCAAAAAACCACACGUGCCUCACUACUCUGAAAAUUAUGUACAAACGGAUGGACUCCUGCUGUUACAGUUUGAGAGGGGUCCGUUGGCUGUGUUACGUCUUGUAGGAGGUGGGGGACUGAGAGGUGAUGCUUAUGGUACGGGCCUCACUCCAGAUGUACUGGUGUCACAGUACCUGUCUGUCAAUCAGGUGGAUCGAGCAAUUAACUUAUUACUCAGUCUCAACUGGGAUUCUUAUGGCUUUAUUUGCCUAUCUUGUCUUCAGCGAAUUGCUAAUCACCUGUUCAGACAACCGCUGACACCCGAAAGAGAAGUUCAGCUACAAACAGCGUUAGGAAGUUUCCAUGUUCCACUGAGACCCAUAUGUCAUACAACGGAAGUUGAAUUUGGGGAUCAAGUAAGAAAUUUGACUCGUCGUUUCUUUCACCAUUUACUAAGGUACCGGCUUUUUGAGAAAGCUUUUCGACUAGCGAUUGAUCUAAAUGAUCACGAUCUUUUCAUGGAUAUAUACUUCUAUGCUAGAGCAAUGAAAGAGGAUGCCAUGGCUGAAGCAGCGCGAGUCAAAGCAGAACAGAUUGUGAACAGAUGUAGCAGUAGAAGCACUUCUGAAACAGAUUCACAGCGCUGUUCUCACUCGUCGUGUUCCGGUUGCUCUGGCAGCGAAAGCAGCGAGAGUCGAGAAAGCUCUAGCGACAAUGAGGCAGAAAUACCCCCACAGCCUCCUCCUCUUCCGUCCAAAUCUGCAGUAGGACUAACUCACAAUAGCAGUCUUGCAAGACAGCCUGGGGAGAAACAGAAAGUAAAGUUCUGUGAUACAGUGACACAUAUUUUGGUACCUGAUCUUCCGCCAUGUUUAGCCGAAGAGGAAGAGUUUGAACCUCAGAAUGGCCCUUGUAGCAGUAAUAAUACUGUCAUUGCCAUCAAGCCAGAGAGAGAACAACCAAGACAUAAUUUUUUUGUGCCUGAUCCAAAGCAAGAAUUAGUGGAUAGCCUUCCGUUGUGUCUUGGAAACAAAGAUUACUUAAAAGACUUUGCCACAUUACCAGAUGCCUCAGAAGAAGAUGAUAAUGGAAAUGGUACAAUACAGAUUGUUAACUUUGGAGUUGUGUAAUUAAUGCUGGAGAACGUCACCUCUUCAAUUGUACAUACCCACAGUAAUACUCACAAGUGCCAAAUAUCCCUGAAAAAUAAUGUCUCCACAACAAUUAUCUUAUUUCAUGACAGAACUGCACGAUGAAGAGCCUCGUACCUUGCCAAAUAUUAUAAGGGUGAUCAGAGCAGAAGAGAAGGGUUGGACAUGGUAUAAAAUAAUUAACAGAACUCGGUUUUAUCAAAUCUCAUCAGUUAGAAAGCCAGAAGUAAUACAAGCAGCUGAAGGAACGAUGUAUACCGUGAAGUCCAAUCAUAUAUGCAUGAACUAAUUCUAUUUGGUAGUUCACGAUGACAAUGCAACCACAAACGGUGAUGCGUUAGAAACAAAACAAGUAUAAAAUUUACUGAUAAAAAGUAUUGCUCAAUAGAAAGUCUAUUUUAAGCUUUUUCUUUAUUAUGUAAAUACUUGAUAGAGAAAUAUUUUGUCUUUUUAAGUGCAUAGUUAUCAUCAUAGUUGUCUUUGCCAUUAAAAUUGCUAACAAUUUUAUAUCAUGAAAUUAACACAGCAAUAACUAGAUAUAUCAAUGCCAUCUCUUUACUAUAUGAAACAAUAAUUGUAUCAUUAAUGAUUUUUAUAAAUAUAUAUUUUUAUACCUUUUCA